AUGAUACGUUCUUUAAGUAUUUUAAAACCAGCUGAAACUAUUACAUUAUAUUCGAUAACAGUGACAAGUAGACAAGUAUUAGGUUGGAUUGCAUUACAUGAACAAUUUAUUGGAAAUAAAAUAAUUGCUCAUAUUGUAUCAUGUACUGCUAUUUUAUUUGUUUUACAUGGUGAUGGUUUUCGAUUUAAUAUAUUUCUACUUGGUAGUGUAAUGGCAACAAGUUCUGGUGCAUUAAAAACUAUAUUUGAUGUUAUUCUCAAAGGUAUAAUUAAAGAUUUAACUAAUCAUAAAUUAAUAUUAUUAAUGACAAGUAUUUGUCUGUUUGGUACACUUUUAUUUUGGCCAUUUUUAUUAAUAACACAUUUUUCAAAUAUCGAACCAUUUGGACUAUAUGAUGUGAAUAUUUAUACAUGCAUCGGAUUAACGAUAACAGCAUUGGUAUUUAAUUUAUUAACAAUCACAAUUCCUCUAGUAUAUACAGAAUUUUCAAUUGUUGCUUGUCUACUUAUUGUCAUACCAGCUAUUGGAUCUGCCAUGAUAUUUAGUUUUAUUGGAAUAGCCAUUGCUCUGUUACCAAAAACAUUAUUUUUACAUUCAUCUAAGAAAAAAAAGCAACAACAUCAACAAGGAAAUAUAUCGGCAUUUGAAGAAAUAAGAGCACAGAGACGAAUAAGAAAUUAUAAUUUAUAUAAUGAAGGCAAAACAUAA